CAAAUCUCAUCCACCACGGGCUUUCCAGGGCUCGGAAUUUUAUCAUCGGUGUCGCUCAGACUCAUACUUUCACCAGAAUCGCGAAUAUCCGGACCUCGGGUUCCCGUUCCGCCAAGGAAAUCGCGCGCCGCCGCAAUCCCAAGCCGACACCUCUCUACAGCAGCGAACAACGCGACUACAGCCUUCACACAUCGAUUUGGGACGCCCCAAGGCCCUCAAAAGGCCUGCUACGAACCGAAGGUCACGAUAGCACACCUGCCGACGAUUUCACGCAUCACAACAACGCGCUCGAAGCCCUACGCAACGCGCCUCGAGCCCUCACUUCAUGACAACACCAAAGGGGUGUCCGUCGAUUGCACGACCGAUGUAAUACGACUCAUACUCGAUCCAGGUUGCUACACUGGCUUACCUUGUUUCCAAGCUGGCGACUGUCGUCACGUACGCCAUGGCCGAGCCCGGCAGGCUCAUGGGCCAGAACGCCAGCAAUGAGGCCGAAGAGAGCGAUAUAGACGCGGAGGGUGAGCUUGACGACGUGGAAUACUAUCAGGUUGUCGGGGAUACCGAACCGGAAGGACAUACCACAGACGCUGAAGGCUCCGACGUGGACGCCGAAGGUUCCGAUGUGGACGCUGAAGGCGAAGAGGUGGACGAUGAAGAUGAAGGCGAGCCAGUAGGGGCUGUCAAAAUAGCCGGGAAAGAAGACCUCCUGUCCUCAGAGGAUGAGGAGGAUGAUAAUAACGAUGGUGAAGCUGUUGUGGAUUCCUCGUCAGAUGCCAAGACCAGUGACAGCGAGGAUUCUGAUGCGAGUAGCGCUGAGUCUGAGGUUGAAAACGAAUGGCAAGCAGAAAGUGAUGGAGGCGAGGAUCACGAAGCUGAGAGGUCAGAUCCGAAUGAGUGCAUAUUCUGUGGUGAAGAUGAAGACAACGACCCUAGCCCAGAGUUUGAGGAAUAUCUCGCGUGUGCGGUGUGUGGGGACAAUGCACAUCGGCAGUGCGCCCGAGACGCUAAUACUCUUAGCCCCGACGAUGACGCAAAGCGCUGGCGCUGCCCAGCUUGUAUUCAGAAUGGCCUGGGGGAAGAGAGACAAACCUCUGAAUCUGUCACUCGUCGUAGGUUAUCAUCAGUCCCUAAGCUUGCAAGGGAUCUCCUCCCCUCGCAUCGGGGUGCAGAUCCCGGCGGCCAUUCUAUGUUCAAUGAUCUAAUCCUUCCUGAUGACCCCAUGGAUGGUUCCCGAUCGCUGCGGAAACGGAAAGCUUCCUCACAUGAUGAUGAGGCACCUGUGCUGAGAACAACGAGGAAAAAGCGUAGGAGCUCUGAAGCCUCCAAAUCGGACGCAGAAGCAGAUGCUUCCCUUGCUGCAUCUUCACCAGGGCUAAACAGAACCUCGCAUGAAGUCGAAUCCCAAGGCGGUGUGCACCACUCCGAGUCGGAGCAUGAAUCUUCGCGAUUGCGCUCUGCACGUUCGCGGAGACCCAGGCCUAAGAGAACCGAUAAACGGCCGCUGGUGUGGAUAGAAGACUCUGCAGGCCUAAGCCUCGUGGUAGUCUUCCAUUUGAAUAACGAGAAAGUGCAGAAAAUUGUUACUUCCAAGCCCAAAAAGCGGGAACGCGAGCGCGAGCGCCGACGUGAACGUGACCGUGAACGAAGGCGAGCGCAACAAAACAAAGCCGAAACUCCUGAAGUAUCGCAUUAUCCCGCUAUCCAAACAAAUUACGCUACGCCCUUUUACGGGUUCGCGGACAAGGAGAUGGAUGAGAGCAAGAACAAACCCUACGGUGGAAUCCUUUCGGAGGCUGAUGCCGACACAUCCAAGACCUAUCCUACCCAAGCUGACAGAAAGCGUUUUGAAGAUGCCCGGUUGAAAGCGGAAGAUGAUUGGAAGAAGAAACAGGCCGAACUCUACGGUGCCGAAGAACGCUCAAAGCCAUAUAAACAAGCGGGUCCACCCAGCAAGAUCAAGUGCAUUAACUUUGGUGGGUGGGAAAUAGAUACCUGGCACGCUGCGCCAUAUCCAGAGGAGUACAGCAAAAACAAGGUCCUCUAUAUUUGCGAGUUCUGCCUCAAGUACAUGAAUUCUGACUAUGUCGCAUGGCGGCACAAGCUCAAAUGCCCUGCUAAGCACCCUCCGGGUGACGAGAUAUAUCGUGAUGGCAAGUAUUCCUUCUUUGAAGUAGACGGGCGCAAGAACCCUGUAUACUGCCAAAACCUUUGUCUUUUGGCGAAGCUGUUCCUCGGAUCUAAGACUCUAUACUACGACGUGGAGCCUUUCUUAUUCUACGUUAUGACGGAGAACGACAAUUACGGUUGCCAUUUCGUGGGCUACUUCUCAAAAGAGAAGCGGCCAAGCUCUCUCAAUAACGUUUCCUGCAUCCUCGUCCUUCCUAUUCACAUGCGCAAAGGAUAUGGACAGUACUUGAUCGAAUUCUCCUACCUCCUUACGCGCGUCGAGAAGAAGACUGGAAGCCCUGAGAAGCCCCUCAGUGAUAUGGGCCUAGUCAGCUAUCGAAAAUACUGGCGACUUGUCUUGUGUGAGGAGCUUGUGAACCAGAAAUCCCCAACCAGCAUCUCGGCAAUAUCUGAAAGGACAGGAAUGACACCAGACGACAUCGUGUCUGCGCUUGAAGGUCUCCGUGCUCUUGUCCGGGAUCCAGUAACUAAAAGUUAUGCCCUGCGGCUUGACUACAAUUACUUCAGGCAAUACAUUGAGAAGUGUAACUCUGGUAAUCAUCCAAAGAUCAAUCCAGACUGUUUGGUAUGGACACCCUACGUCAUGGGUAGAAUGGGUCAAUAUGAAGACGGUCCUGCACUACACACUGUGCAACCGCGUGAGGUUGAAGAAGAGGACAAGCCAGUACCAGAAGAGGGCGUGCAGAUGGAAAUGGCUGGGAAGCAGAACGGGACUUCAAACAACGGCUCAAUCGUUGCAGGAGAGGAGGCUGAACCAGGAACUCCCGUGCUUCCUGCAGAUGAGUCUACUAAUGGAGGAUCGCCUGCACCAGGAACUCCGCUUGCAAACGGCUCGACACCAGCAUUAUCUAUAUCCCAACCAACAAGGCCAUUCCCGACCAUUCCGCCCACACGAUACGAAAUCUUUCCGCCGAUACCUGGACAGCCAACGGCGAAACGUCGACCUGGUCGUCCAUUUGGCUCACGUCGUCGAACCAGUACUCCCCAACGCAAUCGAAAUUUACCCCUUUCUAUUGCCACAGCUCCUGUUUCCAAGAUGCAGCUCUCCCCAAGCAAAAACGGGAGUGGAAAAGCUUCACCUCUAGCUAACGGCGCUCUCACCCCUACGCCUGGUGGAAGCAUGAGUGUCCGGCGCACUAGAAGUAAGCUUGGCGAGACCGUGGUGAACGGCUUGGGAGAUGAGACACCCGAAGGAGGAGAGAUUAAGACUGUGAAUGGCAGACGUAGUGGGACGAGAAGCUCGAAUGGAAGCCCUAAUAAUGCGAGAAAUGCGAAAAGCAAAGGCAAAUUCGUGGUCGCGGACGACGAGGAUCAGGACAUGGAUGUAGAGGAGGACACGGAUGGAGAGAUGGACAUUGACGCCGAGGGAGAGGAAGACACUGUCGAUGUUUCUAUGAUAAAUGCUUGAGUCUCUGAGACUCUCCUUGGUUUUGUAAGUGCUCAGGGGCUUGCCACUUCAAAUUCAGGUUGGCCUGUCCCCAUGUAAUAUCACGGUCUGCACUACCUUUUUGGGGUAAGCCUCAUUGAUAAUAGUUCGGCGAGGGCAGG